AUGCACCCACCCCCCUUCCUACCAUCUCCCCACCCCUAUCUCUUUACAGGACUGCCAACCCGUCUAGAGUUAUUCCAGGAAUGCGUUGAACAUGGCUGCCGCGAUGAAGGCACAGAAAACGGGACUGUUGGAACUUCGAGUUACCGUGGACCGCUGGAUCCGGGUGUUGGCCACGCUGAGCGACGAUACUUUAACCAUAAGCCCCGGGGAGGUGAACGAAGACUCGGUGAAACCCAACCAGACUCCCGUCGGUGCCGUGAACGGUGACCCCCCGAACCUCAGCUUGUCCCCAGUACCAGAUACAAUCACUAACGUGAAACGCACCGUGCGGGUCACCAAACAAGAUGUUGGAGGACUUGGGAUCAGUAUCAAAGGGGGCAAAGAGAACAAGAUGCCAAUCCUCAUCUCCAAGAUCUUCAAGGGUCUGGCGGCCGACCAGACGGAGGCCCUGUAUGUCGGCGACGCCAUCCUGUCUGUCAACGGCUACGACCUGAGGGAGGCCACGCACGACGAGGCCGUGCAGGCCCUGAAGAAGACUGGCAAGGAGGUCAUCCUCGAAGUGAAGUACAUCAAAGAGAUGUCGGCCUUCUUUAAGAACGCGGGGUCCCCAGGGGCCCCUCUCCCGUGGGACUCUCCUCCCUCAACGCCUCAGAGGGGAGCUGACACCCCUCCCGCAGCGCUGAGGGAACCCUGCACUAUCCCACUCAAGAUGUGCCAAGUUACACGGAAACAGUGCCCCCCAGAUACCGAAAAUAGGUAUUUUGAGGUAAUCUCAGCCAGCAGAAAGAACUCGGUGUUCCUGAGAGCCAAAGACCCGGCCAUGGCCCAGUCCUGGUACAACGGGAUACAGGCGGGCUCUGCCAACCUGCUGCCCCAGGUCAAGGAGGACAUGAAGGACAUGCAGAGCUCCCUGGAGGUCAAGCAUGUGGGCUGGAUCACAGAGCAGGUCAGCCAGGGUCCAGAGAAGCCGGUGCUUGCGGUGUUGACUGAUAGAGAUCUGCUCCUCUACCCCUCCCUGCCAGACAGCAAAGAGUCCCUCAACAACCCCACCAAGAGCCAUCCACUCAUCACUACACGACUGGUCCACUCUGGACCAGGGAAGACCUCCCCUCUGCUGGAGUCGGAGCUGUCGUUCGGCCUGCGCACGGGCACCAAGCAGGGGGUGGAGACCCACGUGUUCCGGGUGGACUCCACCCGGGACCUCUCCACCUGGACCCACCUGCUGGUGGAGGGCUGCCACAACGCCGCAGAGCUAGUCCAGGAGGUCACCACAGCCUGCAGCUGGAACGGGAAAGAGUGCACCCUGGGAGUCCACAUCGACGAGGGCUUCACGCUGUUCACCGAGGACAUGGGCGUGAGGAAGAGCGUCCUGCUGCAGCAGCCCUUCGAGCGCCUGCGGAUGUCCUCCGACGACGGCGUGCGCAUGAUCUUCCUCGACUUCGGAGGCUCCGAGUCUGAGAUCCAACUUGACCUUCACUGUUGUCCCAAGACCAUCGUCUUCAUCAUCCACUCAUUCCUCUCUGCUAAGGUCAAGCGACUGGGUCUGAUGGCAUGAUGAUAGACACCAGGACUUUGAAGAUGCAUAGGACGAGAGAGGUGUGAGGAUGUUUUUUACGCCUGCGCCUCUUGAAUACAACUUACCAACGUGGAGUCAAGGAGGAGAAAAGGCAAAAAAGGUUUGGACCUUAUUCGGGUCAUUUAGUGGAGCAGGUUGUCCUAACAGUUAGCCAGCAGUUAGCAUGGACGGUCUGUGUGGGACAUUUAGACAAGUCAAUGUAGCGUCAUACAUGUUAACGGAUUGGGGGAAAACGUUGAAGCAGUGCAUGGCACUGUUACUAAUCUCAAAGCUCCAUCCACAUGCCCCGCUGGUUAGCCCUGCUUUGUUUAGUGAGUCAUAACGCGCAACUUUUAACAUCUUUGUAUCUUUUAUGUUCGGUCUUUUCUUUAUUUGCCACAGAGUCACAACAGUUGCUUUGGCUUGAUGAGGCGGAAGCAAUUGUCCUUUAUUUUUAUUUGUAUUGAGUGACAAGCGACAGUUUGUCAAAGUCGUUUUUACCACUUUUUCAUCUGUCAAUGUUGAACGUCUGUCAGUUUAUAACAGCGAAUGGAUGUUCAUGUUGUGCCAUGGUUUCUAAUUAUUAUUUUUGUAUUCAACUGUUUUGUCUUUCUGUCAAUCGAUUUUUAUUUUCUCUCUUUCUCUUAUUUCACUUUUCUCCUUAAUAUGUGGUCUUACUCAUUCUAUAUCACCUGCAAGAAAAACAAGAUGAAAAGACAGACAAUACUGACA